AUGUCCACCGACCACCACCGCAAAAUCGAACUCCAAUCGCCCGCGGACUUCACCUACCUCUACGCCAACACCGUCGCGCUCUCACGAGCAAAACUCGACCUCCACCUGCCCCCGUCCGCGAACCCCAACGAUGGACCGGAUCCUAUGCGCGAGCGAGUGCGAGAAUUAGUCGAUGAGGUAAUACCUUAUCCCUUCUCCCUUCCUCCCCAAGGUCUCUCAUUCACCAUUAUCCAUUUUGCAAUAUCUAACAAUAACGGCUCCCAGUACAUAAACCGCACCUUCAACUCCGCCUCCCCCUCCAUAAGCAUCAAUGGUCUCGACUCCACAUCCCCGGAAUGGCCCUUCCCCGCGGCCUUCACAGCCCCCACAGAACAAGUGGAAUACGAAGCGUACGACGGAAAACUAGCAUCGCGGGUAACAUCUCUGUAUGCGCAAUUGGAGUCGUUGACGACGACGGUGGCGCAAUUGAGACGGGAUGCGCCGGGGCGGGCGGCGAAGGCGUAUGCGGAGCAGUUGAGGAGCGCGUUGAGGGAGGAUGAACAGGAAACAGAAGAGGAGGAGGAGGAGGAGAUGAAGGAGGAAGAAGAUGAAGAAGGGCAGCAGCAACAGGGUGGGGGACAGGAUGCGGAGAUGACUGAUGCGGGGAGCACAACGGCAAGUACACAAAGGAAAGGGCCGAUGACGAGAUCGCGGGCGAAAUUGGAGGUUUCGCUGGGGACGGAGAAUGAGGCGGAGAGGUGGCGGAGUGGGGAGAUGGCGGAGGUGUAUGAGGAUGCGUUGCGGACGUUGUUGCGGCUUCAAGGUGAGGGGGUGUCUGGGGCGGAGGUGGAUUCGAGUGGUGAUGGGGCGGAUGGGAAUGCUCUUUCUUCGACGCUGGGGAAGGCCGAGAGGGCUGGGCGGGCUGUUGAGGUGGUGGAGAAGAAGGAGAAGAAGAAGAAAUGA